GUUUUUAGCCACUCAAAUGAGGCAUAUAUGCACGUUAUCCCCUUCUAUAAAGAAAAAACAAAAAUCUCAAAAAACAAGAACACAAAUAUGAAACUCAAUCUACUCUCCUUAGCCUCUCUAAUCCUGCUUUUUGUGAGUCCUUCAAUUGAAUGGGUUGGUUCAACUUCAACCCCAACUCCAUUACCAUGGCCAGAGCAAUUCCAUGCACUUCUUUACAUGAAUUUGAGCUCAUCUCGUCUCCAAAUGAGUGACCUAUGGUAUGACUGGCCAAGAGGCAGAAACGUGAACAUAUUUCAGAAGCAACUAGGUGAGCUUUUAUAUGAUAUUGAGUGGAACAAUGGCACUUCGUUUUAUUAUACACUUGGGGCACAAGGGACAUGUAGGGUUACAGAGUUUGAGGUGGGUAUUCCUAGGCCUGAUUUUCUUGAUGAUGCCAAUUACCUUGGAACUACGGUCACGGAUGGGUUUUAUUGCAACGUGUGGGAAAAGGUAGAUUUCAUUUGGUACUAUGAAGAUGUCCAAACUAGGAGGCCAGUUCGGUGGGAUUUCUAUGAUGGAAUAUCUACACACGUGAUUACAUUUGAGGUUGGCGCAGUACUGCAAGACUCAUUGUCACAAGCACCUGCUUAUUGUUUCAGUCAGGAAAGUGAGAAAUUGUAGAAAUCAGCAGAAUCUAGAUAUGAAAGAAAGGCAUUUGUAUUUGCCUUUACUCUGUAUUAGCUUUAAUGCUUCGAAGUACCUUAUGUAAAGAAGUAACAUGAUGCAGAAGAGACUGAUAGAUAUCUAUAAUUCUGUAUUACAGCAAAGAAAGUCGAGCAUUCUAACCGGUCGAGGGUUUCAUCGGAACUUUACAUCUAUACGUUCGGAUCAUUAGAAUUGGAAGUCUUCUUCUUCUGUUGUCAAAGUUGGAUAAAUUAAAGAAAGCAAGAAGUUACUGCAGAGUCUCUUCUUCUUCUGUCAAAGUUAGAUGAAAGAAAGAAAUUAGUGCAGAGAGGCAAUGGUAAUUUACUCGAUCGACUUCUAUCUUCAAGGCUCAAUGUUAGAAUAUGCAAUAAGCUAUGCCAUAAAUAAGUAAAUCAUGGAUUUGCGAUAUAACGAGUUACCAUGGUUUAGGAUUAUAUAGGUCUACUAUCUUCCUAUAUAUACCUCAAAUUUGGUUCAUUAUAAUAUACAAUAGAUGUAACCAAGUUCAGUUCGAUAUUAAGGCACCAAUCUUAAGUGGGA